GUUCGGUUCCCGGGUCCUCCACCUUCCAUUCUCAGGCAGGUCUGGCCAUCAGGGCCCCGCGAACCCGCUGUGUCCUCCGGUGGGUGCGCUGACUCCGAGACGCAGUGCCUGGCCCUACCUGGUCACACACUUCAGGGCUGCUCCCUUCCGGCUGCUCACUUCACCGCUGCCUGUGCCAGUUCACUGGCGGAUCAUGGCAGAGUUCUCCCAGAAGAGGGGAAAGCAUCGUGGGGACGAGGCCCUGGGCAGCGCUGUGGACUUCCUCCUGGCCAAUGCCCGCCUGGUGCUGGGUGUGGGCGGGGCUGCUGUGCUGGGCAUUGCUACCCUGGCAGUGAAGCGGCUCAUUGACAGGGCCACUAGCCCUAGGGAUGAAGAUGAUGCUAAGGGGGACAGCUGGAAGGAACUAAACCUGCUCAAGGCCACACCGCACCAACAGCCCCGGCCCCCACCUGCUUCCCUCAGCCAGCCUGUGUCGCUCCCAGCCCCCUUGCCCUCUGCCCCAGAAGGUCCCACAGAUACUGAGCUUCAGAAGCCACCUCAACUCGGCUCCCCAGUACCACUGUGUCUGACGUUCCAGGAGAAGUUGCUGGCAUUUGAGCGGGAACAUGUGGUUAUCCCAGCAGCUCAUGUGGCUUUGGCCAAACAGCUGGCCGGUGACAUUGCCCUGGAGCUACAGGCCUACCUGCGGAACAAGUUCCCGGAACUGCCCUUUGGGCCACUUGUGCCUGGUGGUCCACUCUAUGAUGGGCUGCAGGCAGGGGCUGCUGAGCAUGUGCGCCUGCUGACCCCACUGCUGCUGGAGCCAGGCCUGUGGAUUCUGGUACCUGGCGUGGACACUGUGGCCCGGGACCCUCGCUGCUGGGCAGUACGCAGGACUCAGCUUGAGUUUCACCCCCGGGGGAGCAGCCCCUGGGACCGCUUCCUGGUAGGUGGCUACCUCUCCUCCCGUGUCCUGCUGGAGUUGCUCCGCAAGGCCCUGGUUGCCUCCGUCAACUGGCCAGCCAUUGGUAGCCUGCUUGGAUGCCUGAUCCGGCCCAGCGUGGCCUCGGAGGAGCUGCUGCUGGAGGUGCAGCAUGAGCGCCUGGAGCUCACUGUGGCUGUGCUUGUGGCAGUCACUGGGGCCCAUUCUGACAACCACCUCCUCCUGGCCUGGCCCCUGGAGGGCCUGGCUGGGAAUCUUUGGCUUCAGGACCUGUAUCCAGCAGAGGCUGCCAGGUUGCAGGCCCUGGAUGAUCAGGAUACUGGCACUCGCCGGAGGCUGCUGCUGCUACUGUGUGGUGUGUGCCGUGGCCAUCCAGCCCUGGGGCAACUGGGCCGGAGCCACCUGACCCAGGUGGUUCUUCGUCUGGGGGAAGAGGAAGUGGACUGGGCCGAGGAGGCCCUGGGGGAGCGCUUUCUGCAGGCCCUGGAGUUGCUCAUCAGCAGCCUGGAGCAGGCCAGCCUGCCCUGCCACUUCAACCCUAGUGUGAACCUCUUAGGUAGUUUGCGGGAGGAGGAGAUUGAUAGCAUUGGUUAUGCACUCUACAGUGGUCUACAGGCACCUGAGGGGCUGCUUUAGAUGGGUGGGGACCGGGCAGCCAGCAUGUUUUCUGAUAUUGGUGAUCUGUACCCAUCUCACUCCCAGGAAAUUGCAGUGUUUUUUUGUUUGCUUUUAGCCAGAACACAGGAGAGUAUACUACCUAGGCCCACAGAAUGGGUAUAUUCCUGGGCUAUGGUCCCUGGGGUCACUGAGCCCAGAGAGCUUAGGUAACUGUCACCUGAGUGUGACUGGGCUGCAACCACUCACUCAGGUGUCCCUCAAACCUUUGGGGUGACCUAGGACCUUGGGGUCAGACCCUAUCACCAGCAGCAAAUCCACUGAGAAUGUGUCUUCUCCAUCCCAACCAGUUCCAUUUUUCUGCCAAGACAGAAAUUUAGUACUUUUUUCAGGCUCCUGUGCCAGGCAUCCUGGAGGCAUCUAAGUAUCAUGUGUUUGUUUCCGCCCUGGGUGCUGGAGUUACCUGGUAUCCUGGAGGCCAGCAUUUUGUUUUUAUUUUUUGGUACCAGGAAUUGAAUCCAGAGGCGCUGAGCCACAUCCCCAGCCCUUUUUAUUU